AUGGCCGCCACCUUCACCCUCGUUGCGCUCCUUGCGGCUGCAGCCAGCACCCAUGGUCACCUGCUCUCCGUCCCCAACACAUACCCCAACCUUACCCAGUGUUUGGGCGUCAAUGCCGUGACCGAGUUCUCCUGCGAGAACACCACGACCAUCAAGAACACCUGCUGCACACCGACUCCUGGCGGCCUCGUGCUGCAGACCCAGUUCUGGAGCACGUACACCGGGCUGGAGAAGAAGGGCCAGCUUCUUCCAAAAGACUCGUGGACCAUCCACGGCCUCUGGCCCGACAACUGUGACGGUUCUUACGAACAAUACUGCGACCUUUCUCGUCAAUAUGAUCCCGACCCAUCACCCGCGGUGCUUCCCGACGGUACCGUUGUUCCUGCCUGGAACGGUACCAGCAUCGACCACUGGAUCAAAGACUUUGGCCGCCUCGACUUGCUUGACUACAUGGAAAAGUACUGGAUCAACCAAGGCGCGUCAAACACGGACUUCUGGCAGCAUGAGUUCUCCAAACAUGCGACCUGCACUUCCACCUUCGACGUCGCUUGCUACGGCGAGAACUACAAGAAGCACCAAGACGUUGUAAACUUCUUCGACGCCGUCAUCCGUGCCUUCAAGCAGUAUCCUACGUUCGACAUGCUCGGUGCCGCUGGUAUCUUGCCUUCCAACAAGACGACCUACAGCCUGUCCCAAAUCCAAAAUGCGCUUGCAGCGCAGACAGGCGCCAUCCCGUACAUCGGGUGCAAGAAUUCCACUGUCCUGUCGGAGAUUUGGUACUUUUCUCAUGUGCUCGGUUCCGAACAAUAUGGGCGCUUCAAGUCCAUAAACAGCACGACGACUAGCAGCUGUUCGACCACCGCGCCUAUUUGGUAUUACGAACGCACAAAAACUUCGGAACACGAGGUCCGCAAAUAGACAUCCGCAUGUAAGACAUCC